AUGAUAAACCCCGCGAAGGUUUCCGCACUGCAACUCCGCAGUGUCUCUCUAGUCGCCGUGCCUGCCAUGGCUUCAGAAUCGCCCCAGGUGGAAAGGACACCGCCGCAGACUGGCCCUGGCGACCAGCCGGCCACUCCAGCAGCUGAUACAGCCAAAAGGAAGGCUGACCAGAACCACGGAACCCAGCGCACAAAGCGGAAUCGCUACAUCUCUAUCGCAUGCAAUGAAUGCAAGCGCCGCAAGAUCAAAUGCAAUGGCCAGGUUCCAUGCCAGCGAUGCGGUCACCUGAAUCUGGAGUGUCGAUAUGCACCAAAUUGCUGCAGCAAUAAUUUUAAAGAAUCCGAAGAGUUCAAGUCCAUGACCGAUCAACUCUCGACGCUACAGGAGCAGGUCAACAGCCUUUUCAGUAGUAUGAAUGAACUACGCUCCCACAAGCCUUCAUUUGAAUCCCCAACUUUUGACCACGUCUCUCGUGAUGAUUCCCAACCAGUCUUCACAUCCAUUCCAGCCAGUCUGGCUAAGCCGCGAAUUCGCCAUCCACGAUUCCACGGCCCGACGAGCUCGGCUUUUAACUUUGAUGUUGCCAAGUCCAGCUUGCAGAAUAUGGGAAUCACACCCACAGAGGAUGGACCGGAUGACUUGUCAACGGCACACGUCUCCCCGGCAGGUUCUCCGCCUCCCCACUUGGGACCUCUAGUUCAGACAAUUCAUCCUUCCAAAGAUCCUAUAUGGACUAUUCCCCGUCAGGAAGCAAUUCGCCUUUUACGAGUCUACGAGGAAGAGAUCGGAAUGACGUAUCCUGUGGUGACAAUUACGAGUGUUGUUCAUCAGGCCAAUCUGCUGUACACAUUCAUAGAGGCGGCUACACGAACUGGCUUCGCACAGCGAGGUCUUCCUGGUGACGAUGGACUCCUCGAUGACAGCACAAUCUUGUUGAAGUUGAUCCUUGCCACCACGCUGGUCGUGGAGGGAGGAGGCCAAAGUGAACUCGGCCAGCGGUUAUACUUGAGUGUCAAGCCAGUCAUUGAAUCAAAGUUAUGGGAGCCACACGAUAUCAAAAACAUUCAGCUCUAUGCCAUUGUGGCGACGUACCAUUUUCACACAGAUGACGACGCCAUGGCAUACAGAAUCAUCGGGAUCGCAGGGCGCAUGUCCCUCGAGAUGGGACUCAACCGCCGAGAUGCGCUGAUGAAAGCCUUUCCAAAUGAUCAAUGGCGCGAGGUCAACCGGAUCUUUUGGACAGUCUACAGCUUGGACAGACGGUGGAGUUUGGGAAUGGGUCUGCCAUUUGUGAUUCAGGACGAGGAUAUUGACUCCAAACUUCCCGAGCCGGUGAGACCAUGGUACUACUCCACCUGCAAUGCCUACUUUACUAACUUGCCGGACUCACAGGAUGAAUCUCUUCCGUAUCUGCGAUGUAUGAUCGCUUAUAAUCGCAUCAGCCAGAAAGUUGUCUAUUCUGGUGGGUCGGAGCGCUUAUAUUUUGAUUUCAGGGUCUUGGAGUGGUGGAAGAAGCAAGUCCCAGAAGAACUGAAGUUUUCUCCCGUGGAACCCAAUAAUGGAGAACCGGUGAGCCGGGGCAUGAGACGCCUCAGAGUGCUCCUGUACUUGCGCAUGAACCAGCUGCGGAUCCUCAUCUAUCGACCCGUGCUGCAUUCCCCAGCCAGCAUUGUGGAGGACCGAGGCCACGCCCAGACAGUAGUGGAUGUGGCCAAGGACACGGUUCGGGUGCUCACUCGACUGAACCAGGUGUCUGAUAUCUACCGGACCCAACAGAUUACAUUCAACUACUUCCUCGUCGCUGCCCUUGCGGUUUUGUUGCUGGCUGUGGCGCAUGCGCCGGCCGAUUUCAACCAACAAGUACAUGAUGAGUUCUACAUGGCUCUGGACCUAAUCAAAGGGUUUAGCACCAAAUCUUAUGUCUCCAAGCGACUGUGGAAGACCAUCAAAGGCCUGCGAGAGAUUGGAGAGAAGCUGGGAGUCAUGGCCCGCCCCUUUGGCGCUGACAAUGAUCCUCACUCAGCCGCGGCCGUGACCAUGGCGGGCCUGGCCGGGCACUCCAUCGACGAUCUGUCGUAUGGACCGAUGAAUGGAGUAAAUGAACUAGGCAGCAGCCCUCUGAAUGGCAUCCAGAUGAGCGACGAGCUGACGAAUCUGUUCGAAGCAGUUGGGGCCUUUGGCAGCAGCUUUAUUCCUCCUGGAGAUAGCAUCAAUGGAUUUGUGGGCGAAGGAGAAAUCCAAAAUACUGGCGAAGGACUGUCGGGAGUUCUGGGCGACGAGGGGGAAUUCGCUCGAGUCAUUCAAGAUCUGUUUUAG